AAAUAUUUAUCACUCAAAACAAACAAACCGGUCGGAAGUUAUCAUAUUCCUACAUAUAUACGCAAAGCACUUAUCAACAUAUGCAUGUAUGCGAGACGCGUUUUCUGUUCAGCACUUUACUCACAGGUGAAUAAAAUGUGAUCUGAUACUAUACAGCGAAAAUGAUCGUCGAAACUCUAGUCUUACUUAUUAUACUGUUUCUAACUGUACGCUGGUUUCUGCGAGGGCUGAAAGUCCGUUACUAUGGAAACAAACAUGUUUUCAUUACCGGAUGUGAUACUGGAUUCGGAAAUUUAUUAGCCAAACGCUUGGACACUCUUGGUUUCCGUGUAUAUGCUGGUUGUUUAACUGCGAAAGGAAUGGAUGACCUAAAGGCUACAUGCUCGAAGUAUUUGACUACAGUUGAAAUAGAUGUUUCCAAGGAAACAAGCAUACAAAAGGCAAGGCAUGACGUCGAGCGAAAACUACCAAAAGGAAAAGGUUUAUGGGCAAUUGUAAAUAACGCUGGUGUACCGGGAUCCAUAGGUCCAAUCGAAUGGUUGCCGGCGUCGGAAUUCCGAAGGACCAUCGAGAUCAACCUAUUUGGAGUUAUAUUUGUUACUAAGGAGUUUCUACCAUUAGUAAGAAGAGAGAAAAGUGGUCGUAUCGUGAAUAUGUCCAGCAUCUGUGGCCGAUUGGCUGUCGCAACUGGACCUUACGUAGCAUCAGAAUUUGGAGUUGAAGGGUUUUCGGACCAGUUGAGAUAUGAAUUGUAUCGAUCUGGAAUAAGUGUACAUAUAAUCGAGCCAGGUUAUUUCCGCACGGGUAUCGUAGACGAAGAAGCAAUUCGUACAGAUCUACAUGCCACGUUUGAGCAGGCUCCGAGAGAAGUUCAGAAAUAUUAUGGCGAAAUUUACAGGGAUGAGACGGUUGAGAAAAAUUCUAAGCUCCUAACCACUAUUAUGUCACCAAAGAUAAACAAAGUUGUAGAGGCGUAUGAACAUGCAGUUACUUCAAGAUUUCCUAAAACAAGAUAUGUGAUCGGAUGGGACGCACAGAUACCAUUUCGCAUAUUAUGGAAUCUUCCAGAGUGGAUGACAGGUUUUAUUGUGUCUAGAACAAUGUCUACUCCGGAAGGAGCGAAAAUUUGACUUUUUGUAUUAUGAUAAAAUGUUCAUAAUUAAAGUACAGUAUUAUGAACAUAACGCCAUAACGCUCAGGCAUUUUGAUCUAACUGCAUAUAGUUGUGUUAAUAUCCAUGAAAGUUUAAGGAUGUAAAGGUAUAUAGUGUUGCUUUUUUUUUGGUAAAUACCUAUACUAGAACAGUUUAAUGAACACAAGACAGUUGUUCAUAAGUAAAUUUAUUCUUAUAGUUUGACGUACAAUGAUAAAAGAACAGAUUAGAAGUAAACCAGAAAGCAUACAUGUUUCUAACUGAAUGCUGUAUAAGUUGGGUAUGUUUUGUUGUUAAAGAGGAUACACUGCUGAAAAAAAUAGUAAAAUGAAAAAAGUUUAAAACAUGCUACGUUUACAACAUUAAUUUUCUAAUAUAUCAUACUUUCUCGUUAAAGACAUAAUCACUCGUUUUGAUUGUUACAUCAUAAAAACACGCUUUUUCGAGUUACAACGUGUGUAUGUGUGUAUAUAUAUAUAUAUAUAUAUAUAUAUAUAUAUAUAUAUAUAUAUAUGCCCAGAACUGAGUAAAAGGAGAUUCAUUUAUGUAAACUCUCUGUAAAAGAUUGCUUUCAAACUCAUUUUAAAAUGUGACUGUUUGUUGAUAAAUCUACAUUAAGUUUGAAAUAAAUGCUGUUAAACCAAAGUGCAGAUAUAAUGAUAUAGAUAUAUCAAAGCCUUGCGACGUCAGUUGUUGCGGGUUUUGGUACAUCUUAAAUUGAGCGUACGCACGCAUUGAAUGUACUUUAUUAAACUAUAUUAAACCUAACCCUAACCUUUAGUCAGUUUAUUAUACACUCAAUACGUGUGUACAUCCAAUAGGGGCGAUUUAAUGUUGAUGGUGUGGUUAAAACAAAGCAAAUGCCAAUCUAUAAAUAUACGUGUAUGAGAAACAAAUACAAAUGUGCCUCAUAUCAACAUAUCUAAAAUGAACUCUGACCUUACAUGAACUUAUCUAAACUGCCAGCUGGAAAUCAGUGAUAUAACCAUGGGCUAGAAUACCUUAUCUUUGAUAGAUCUUAUAUAAUCUUAAUGAUUAGCGUGAAUGGAUAAAGGUUGAAUAAGAACUGCACAAUUCAAAUUGAAAUUCAUCCACAUUGUUCAUGAAUGGGACUAUUUUGUGUAGUGCAUGAACAUCUUUUGGUGUGAUUAGGAAUAAAAUAAAAAUGCUAUGUGAUUGUCAGAAAUACACUUGUAACUUUGGUAGCGGGGUAAACCCGCAACCAAAAAUGAGCAUAUGGCGUGUAUAUAUAAUUAUGUCUAUUGGUCUUAUCCCAGCAGUAUUUAAUAGUGCCAACUUGCAUAUAUAAAUUUACAAAAUUAACCUGCAUGUUUUUGCAAGAUCACAGCAAAGAAGUAAAUAAAACUGAAAAAUUGUGAAAGGAUGAUGUAACAAAAUACGACAGCUAUCCCAAUUUAAAUCUAAAACACAAGACUCCACGAACUCAAAGUUUACAAAGUUUAUUUGAAAUUCAAGGCCCAUGAGAGCAUUUGACAUACAAGACAAUAAAAAACAAUAAUACAAAAAUGGCAAUACACAGUAUACUGCAAUGUAUCUAAUGUAUCAUUAUUCCUUAGCAUUGAAAACUUAAGAGAAUUUUGUUGCUGAAAAUAAAACUUAUCCAAAUA